UGCUCCCUCCCUCUCUCUCCUCUUUCUCUCUCUACUCUCCAUAUAAACUCCGCGCGACGCCUUUCUCUCAUUCCGUAGAAGUCAGAGUCUCUCCUAACCCACCUAAGUUCUCUCAACGAAGUUCGUCUAGCUUCGUGCGAACGCCCAAUCCCGCGUUGAGGGAGAGACUCUGAAGAAAGCGAAGGGCUGAAUUCUUUGUUCGGUUGAUUCGUAAUUCGCUGUUUUUGUUUGGAAAACUAGCUCCGACCCAGUUCGUAAGACAUGGAAACCACUUCUGAGAAGCUUUCCCCGUUCGAUUUGAUGGCUGCGAUCUUUAAAGGAGUGAAACUCGACAAAUUGAACGGGUCCUCGGAGGCGGCGCCGCCUGCGGUGAUGGCGAUGCUGUUGGAGAACAAGGACCUCAUGAUGAUACUCACCACAUCCCUCGCUGUGCUCAUAGGCUGUGUUGUGGUGCUGAUAUGGCGGCGCGCGGCCGGAUCGGCGAAAAAGAAGGUGGUGGAGCCGCCGAAGCUGGUGGUCGCCAAGGCGCCGGCGGAGCCGGAGGAAGUUGAUGAUGGGAGGAAGAAAGUUACCAUCUUUUUUGGGACACAGACCGGCACUGCUGAAGGCUUUGCUAAGGCACUCGCUGAGGAAGCUAAAGCAAGAUAUCAGCAGGCCAAGUUUAAAGUAGUUGACUUGGAUGAUUAUGCUGCUGAUGAUGAAGAGUAUGAGGAGAAGAUGAAGAAGGAGACUUUAGCAUUCUUCUUCUUGGCCACAUAUGGAGAUGGUGAGCCUACCGACAAUGCCGCAAGGUUCUACAAAUGGUUUACAGAGGAGAAAGAUAGAGGAGACUGGCUUAAGAAUCUCCAGUAUGGUGUCUUUGGUCUUGGGAACAGACAAUAUGAACAUUUCAACAAGAUUGCAAUAGUGGUGGACAAAAUUUUUGCUGAGCAAGGUGGACAGCGGCUUGUCCCAGUGGGUCUUGGAGAUGAUGAUCAAUGCAUUGAAGAUGACUUUACCGCAUGGCGCGAGCUAGUGUGGCCUGAGUUGGAUAAAUUGCUUCGCAACGAGGAUGAUGCAAGUGUUACUACUCCAUACACUGCUGCAGUUUUGGAAUAUCGUGUUGUUUUCUAUGACCAGGUAGAUGAUUCAAUCUUGGACAAGAGCUCAGCCAAUGGUCAUGCCAAUGGCCAUGCGGUAUAUGAUGCUCAGCAUCCCUGCAGGGUAAAUGUUGCUGUGAAGAAAGAGCUUCACACUCCUGCAUCUGAUCGUUCUUGCACGCACUUGGAAUUUGACAUAUCUGGCACUGGAUUAGCGUAUGAAACAGGGGACCAUGUUGGUGUUUACUGUGAGAAUUUGAUAGAAACUGUGGAGGAAGCAGAAAGGUUACUUAAUCUGCCUCCACAAACAUACUUCUCACUGCACAGUGAUAAAGAGGACGGCACUCCACUCGGUGGAAGCUCCUUGUCACCUCCCUUCCCUCCUUGCACUUUGAGGACCGCGCUAACUCGUUAUGCAGAUCUUUUGAAUGCUCCCAAAAAGUCUGCUUUGAUUGCAUUGGCGGCUUAUGCUUCUGAUCCAAAUGAAGCAGAUCGGCUCAGACACCUUGCUUCCCCUGCUGGAAAGGACGAAUAUGCACAGUAUGUAGUUGCAGGUCAGAGAAGUCUUCUUGAGGUCAUGGCUGAAUUCCCAUCAGCCAAGCCACCUCUUGGCGUUUUCUUUGCAGCAGUUGCUCCUCGCCUACAGCCCAGAUUUUAUUCCAUCUCAUCCUCCCCAAAGAUUGCCCCAUCAAGAAUCCAUGUCACUUGUGCCUUGGUGUAUGAGAAAACGCCCACAGGACGGAUCCACAAGGGUGUCUGCUCCACAUGGAUGAAGAAUGCUGUGCCCUCGGAGGAAAGCCUCGACUGCAGCUCGGCACCAAUUUUUGUUAGGACCUCUAACUUCAGACUCCCUGCUGAUCCUAAAGUACCAAUAAUAAUGAUUGGCCCUGGAACCGGUCUGGCUCCGUUUAGGGGUUUCCUUCAGGAAAGGUUAGCUCUUAAGGAAUCUGGUGCUGAACUCGGCCCUGCCAUAUUAUUCUUUGGAUGCAGGAACAGUAAAAUGGACUUCAUUUACCAAGACGAGUUGAAUAACUUUGUCAAAGCUGGAGUGAUUUCCGAGCUUGUUCUUGCAUUCUCACGCGAGGGGCCAACUAAGGAAUACGUGCAGCACAAGAUGGCUCAGAAGGCUUCAGAAGUGUGGAAUAUGAUCUCUGAGGGAGGCUACGUGUACGUGUGUGGUGAUGCCAAAGGCAUGGCACGUGAUGUCCACCGAACUCUCCACACCAUUGUGCAAGAACAGGGAUCUCUAGACAGCUCCAAAGCCGAGAGCAUGGUGAAGAAUCUGCAAAUGAGCGGAAGGUACUUGCGUGACGUAUGGUAAUAGCUCCUCCCGGUUGGGAAAUAAAACCGUCGUGGGCAUUAAAAUCACUAGAAGCUCUACUUGUUGAGACGAUGACGUUCACUGUAUGAAGUGCCGGAGGAGGCAAUGUGCAGCGACUACCUGCCUUAAGUUGCCACCCCGACAAAGGAAGUCCCUGUGUCAUAAUAUUAGCCGGUUUUGAUUCUUUCAGCUAGUUUAUCCAUGGAUUUUUUCGUUUCUUCUUCUUCUUUAUAUACAUAAAAGUAUGUACGAUAUAUACAAUAAUGAUCGAGACAAUGCUAGGUAUAGUAACUGUGUAAUCUUCCUAUGAACCGGCAAGAUGGUUCUAACGACACGAUGUUGAUUUUGCACCAAUGUAUAAUUAUAUAACGUCUUAUUGUUUUUGUGUAAUUUUUC